UGGAAUACAUAUUAUAGUUGAGUAGUUGGCCACGGAUGUCGUGCACGUUGAAAAUAAAAAUGGCAACCCUAAUGUCAAAUUUUGGGGUGCUUUUCUCUCACCUCUGAUUUUGCGAGUUUUGUGUUGGCUGCUCCUUAGACUGGCUCUGCCUCGAGGGCUGGCUAGUGAAUUAUUUGAAGGAUAGAUGAGCACGGCCCUCGUCAUGGACAACAGGAACUGGGACCCAGCACUGUCUCGUCUGCUGGUGACCCUUGAAGAGUCUCGGGACGACCUUCCAUGCACCGAAGAGUUCGCCUUCCUCAGCGAGCUCCUCCAAAAGCAAGAGCUGCACUCGCUCGUGCACAUCCACAACAAGGUUCUGGCCAGCACUAACACUAGGGACGGCCGGUUCAAUCCCGUGGUCGACAGUUCUGUGCAGGCAGCCCUCGAAGCGCUCGCCGACGUCCUGCCAUUAAUCGAGCAGCCCAAAAAGUCUUGGGACAGCCGACAAAAUGGACAGGAGCUGCUCACUUUGCUUCAAACGCCACAUAUACAGGGUCUGCUGUAUGCGCACGAUUGCAUUGCACAGAAAGAUUACUAUCCCGUUCUACCUGAAGUGCCAAUAGACAUUGACGAGGAUGAAGAAACAAUAAAAAUAGUUCAACUCGUGAAGAGCAACGAACCGCUGGAGGGCGCUAAAAGCGCUGAGCCAAUUGUGGGUGCUACCAUUAAGACGGAUGAAGAAACCGGCAAAAUUGUGAUUGCAAGAAUCAUGCAUGGAGGUGCCGCCGAUCGAUCUGGUUUGAUUCACGUUGGAGACGAAGUGGUUGAAGUGAACAACAUAUGCACUGAGGGAAAAUCUCCUAAUGAUGUGCUUCAAAUUUUGCAAAAUUCUGAGGGAACAAUUACAUUCAAAUUGGUGCCAGCCGAUGCGAAAGGCAACUUGCGAGAGAGCAAGGUCCGAGUUCGGGCGCACUUUGACUACUGUGCGACCAGUGACCCUUACAUUCCUUGCAAGGAGGCAGGCCUCGACUUUGAGAAGGGUGACAUCUUGCACAUAGUCAGCCAAGAUGACGCCUACUGGUGGCAGGCUCGAAAGGAAUAUGACCGCAAUAUGCGAGCAGGUCUCAUUCCAAGCAGAGCUCUCCAAGAGAAGAGAAUCGUCCAUGAGAGGUCUCUCAAGGGACUAGAUGUUGCCAACCUUGGUCUGUGUUCUCUUUCAGUACUGCCAGGAUGUCAGUCCCCAAAAUCCCCAAGGUGUGCCUCAAAACCCAGAACUAAAAAGAUAAUGUAUGCAACCGCAGAGAAUGACGACUUCGAUCGUGAAGAAAUCGCUACCUAUGAAGAGGUGGCCAAGCUCUAUCCCAGACCAGGGCUUCAGCGGCCUGUCGUGCUCAUUGGCCCCCCUGGCAUUGGUCGCAACGAACUAAAACGGAGACUUAUGGCCCUUGACCCGGACAAAUUCAAAACUACUAUACCUUUUACAACCAGACCAAUUAAGCACGGAGAGAUCAAUGGUAAAGAGUACUACUUCGUAAGUAGAGAAAAAAUGGAGGAAGACAUUGCUGCUGGUAAAUUCCUUGAGCAUGGCGAAUAUAAGGGCAACCUUUAUGGGACAUCAGCUGACAGUGUCAAAUCAAUAAUCAACGCUGGAUAUGUCUGCAUUCUAAACCCUCACUACCAGGCCCUCAAAAUGUUGAGAACACCUGAUAUAAAGCCCUUUGUGGUUUACAUUAAACCACCAUCCUUUGACAUUCUAAAAGAGACACGCCAUGAAGCAUACGCCAGAUCUACUUUUGACGAGGCUAACUCAAGAGGCUUCACGGACGAAGAGUUUGAAGAAAUUGAGCGAAGCGCUGCCAGAAUUGAAUUUCUCUACGGACACUGGUUUGACGAAGUAAUUGAAAAUGCCGACCUCUCUAUAGCAUUCGAGCAUUUGGUGCAAGCAGUUCAAAGGCUGGAAACAGAGCCCCUGUGGGUGCCUGCAAGCUGGGUGCAGUAGAGACUUUUGAUCUCUCAAAAAUUAUGCAUCACUGCCACUGGAAGCGAGUUUCGGCGCGUAGAAGGUCCUCCACAGUGUCCAAGUGCUUUUCUCUUGGCUUUAAAGUAGACUGGUUUCAUCUAAUGGUGUCACGUUAUCAAUUGGAGAGUUUUGAUGAGUUUUAGUGCUUCUUCUAUUAGGGUUCGGUUGAAAUCUAACUUGUAGCAGAUUGAUAAUCAGCAUGUAACAGUCCAUCCUAAAAAAGGAGCAACACUAGAUACUGUUAAUGUAAUUAUAUAGCUCCGAAACACCAGUUGUCGCUAAAAUUUAGUGCCUGGUGGGCGUAUAUUAUUGUUAUGGAUCUAGGAAAGCGUGAAAUUUGAUUAUGUUGAUGAAUAUCUUAAAAGACUCUGCAAAUUAAAGGAAACUGGAUGUAUACCCUAAAAUGGUAUCUAAUUCGCUUGCUUGAAGAGACUUGGCAUUGCAAUAUUAUCUGAAGGGUGCAUGCCUGUAAGGCCGGGUUUGAAACUUCAAAACGCAAUGAGUACUCCCGUUUUUAGGCUCAGUCCUCCUCUCAUUCAACAAAUUGUAUUCAUAUAAGAUUUUUUCUAAUGGGAUUUCGAAGCCUCGAUUUCUGAUACUUGUAAGUGGGUGCUGUUACCAACUAAAUCAUGCUAGCGUGAAGCAAGAUAAAUUUUGAAUGAGUAUAAGUUGUUAAUAUGAUUUAACGGGUUGUGUCAAUACCGCUGUUUGUCAGUUAGCAACUUAGAAAGAAACCCCUCGUCAGUGCAUUCCCAAUUCUGCCCUGUCUUCUGUCACUUCUGCAGAGUGAGUAUCUCUUUUAUGAGUAGUCUUCCCAUUGAUAUUCAAAAUGAGAAUAAUAACUAUUCCUAGUCCAAAUGUGCGCUGCUUUUUGUAAAUGUGAAUUACGAUUAACCAAAGAUUUUUGUGCAUUUUCACCUUUUUAUCUCGAUUUUUUCCUUAAAUGCUUUGAGCAAAAAUAACAAGAAUUAACUUCUUUUGAAACAAGUGCAGCUUUAUUUUGCAAUUUACUUAAACGAAUGACAUGAUUAAUGUGUUUAUAAAAUAUAGCUUUCCUCGUAACGACAAGAAAGGUAUAAAUUAAAUAAUAAAAAAGUAAUACACUUAAAAGCUACCAUUUUUACAAUCAUGUAAGAAAGCCCUAACGAUAAUUUGUUGCCUAUGUGUAUCAUAUAUUUUUGAAUUGUUAUUACAAGUCAUGUUAAUUAAUUGUAAAAUAUGUAGACCAUCUAUAUUUUAUGGAAAAUGAGAUACGCAGUCAUUGCAUAAAAGAAGUCUCCUGAUUAAACUAAAAAACGUCUUAACAAUGUGUCAAUAUACUUAAGUAAUUUUUGAAUGAAUUAGACAACACUUGAUGAUGUAUCAAAAUAUCCGGCUCUUGAAAAUUUCAUCUUUGUUAUCGAAAGUUCUCGAGAACUAUUCUGAUGGGUCUGCAUAUGAAGCAAAAUUCUUUUGGAAUCAAAAUCUACAACAGUUUUGAUUCCCAAGACGGUGCGUUUUCAGAAUCCGAGAGCUUCCAAAUUUAAAGAAAUUUCCCUGAUGUAUAAGUAGAACUCUAUAUGCUGGAAUUAUACGGAACCAAAAUGAUUUGCUUUUGUCACGUUUCAAAUCAAUUACGAUAACAAUGCCAAUAAACCAAAUAUCUUUGAAUUUAAACAAGAA